GGCAAUUGAACCUUGUCAUUGACCCAAGUCUUUUUGAAUCGAUCAUUCAUUCCAUAUACUUGGUAAAUCAUAAGAGCACAUUCAUGAUUAAUAAUUAAGUUGAAAGAAAAACAGGGCAGAUGGGCUUCCAUUUAAAUCAGCGGCUACUUCUUGUAAUCCUCACUGCAGCUGCAGCAGCAGCAGCAGAAGAGCAAAAAUGCCCAACAAAGUGUGGCAAUGUUAACAUUCCAUUUCCCUUUGGUCUGACUGAGCUCUGUUCUCUCAACACCUCAUUUAUCAUCACUUGCAACAAAACCCUUUCACAACCAAUUCCAUUCUUGAAAAUUGAUCCAAAGGUGCGGGUGCUGGACAUCUCACUCGACGGCCAACUUCACGUUUCAUUGCCAGUUGCCACAAGUUGCGUCAAUAACACGAUUGGUGAAUCAGAGGAUGAAAAUUGGCUCUUCGAGUUCAAGCUCAAACCUUUUCACCUAUCAUCCAAGCAAAACAAGUUAACUGUAUUGGGUGGUGACGCGGCGGGAGUAGUAUAUGAUCAAGGUUCAAGAUCCGGAAGACUAUACAUUACUACUGCGUGCGUGUCUGUGUACAGUGGCCUUGACAAGGAACCAACGAAUGACGAGUCAUGCUCCGGCACUUUUUGUUGCGAGACUCCAAUUCAACAAAGGCUAUCGGAAUUUUAUAUUUAUUCUGCAAAUAUAAUCAUAAAUAACUUCACCAAGUCAUUUCAGUCCUACCCAUGUGGUUAUACAUUUCUGGUUAAGGAUGGAGCCUACAAUUUCUCAAUGACACACCUCAUCAAUUUUAACAGAACCAACACGUUUCCUGUGGUUUUGGAUUGGGCAGUGGGGAACACGUGCAUAGAUGCUCAGAAGAAUGCUUCAAGCUAUGCGUGUAAGUCAAAGUACAGUGAAUGUCACAAUGCAAUCGUGGGACCUGGUUACCAUUGUAAAUGCUCCACUGGUUUUCAAGGAAAUCCUUACCUACCACAUGGCUGUCAAGAUGUUGAUGAAUGCACUGAGGAAUCUGACGACUGUUUAAAGGGUAGAUCAACAUGCAGCAACGAUCCAGAAGGGAGCUACACUUGUUUAUGUCCAAAGGGAUAUGAAGGAGAUGGGAAAAUUAAUGGAAGUGGAUGUGUUAUCAGGAGUAACCGCAAAAUCAUAAUCGCUUUCAGUGUGAGUGGAAGUAUAUUGGCACUGCUGGGGGGAACCUUAUUCGUCUGCUGUACAUUAAAGAAAAGAAAACUCAACAGACUUAAAGAACAUUUUUUCCAACUAAACGGUGGCCAGUUAUUACAGCAACAGAUAGGCAGGUAUAGUGGAUCAAAUGAAUUGACAAAAAUCUUUACUGUGGAAGAACUAAAAGAUGCCACCCACAAUUUCAGUGAAGAGAUGGUCUUAGGCGCAGGUGGGGAGGGAACAGUUUACAAAGGAAUAUUACCUGACAAUAGAACUGUAGCAAUUAAAAAGUCGAGAAUUAGUAACCCAAACCAAAUUGAGCAUUUCAUCAAUGAGGUGAUUCUGCUUUGUCAAAUCAACCAUAGAAAUGUGGUGAAACUCUUGGGGUGUUGUUUAGAGACAGAGGUUCCCUUACUUGUUUAUGAAUUCGUUCCCCAUGGAACUGUUUACGACCAUCUCCACGAUCAAACCAAAUCUUUAAGACUUACAUGGAAAAGAAGAUUACAAAUAGCAGUUGAAACUUCUGGGGCCCUGGCAUACUUGCAUUCUGCUACCAAUGCACCAAUCGUACACAGAGAUGUGAAAACUUCAAACAUACUACUUGAUCACAAUCUCACUGCAAAGGUUUCUGAUUUUGGAGCUUCAAAGAUUAUUCCUCUUGAUCGAAGUCAGUUAACGACUUUGGUGAUGGGGACACUGGGAUAUCUUGACCCACAAUACUUCCACUCAAGCCAGUUAACAGAGAAAAGUGAUGUUUAUAGUUUUGGAGUUGUCCUAGUCGAACUGCUAACCGGAGAGAAGGCACUCUCCUUUGAAAGGCCGGAGGCUCAUAGAAAUCUAGCGGUUCACUUCCAUUCUUCAAUGAACGAGGGUGGGUUACUAAACAUUGUCGAUAGCCGCAUAAUAGAUGAGGCAAAUGUUGAGCAACUAACGGAUGUUGCAAAUAUAGCAAGGCAUUGUUUAAGGUUGAAGGGGGAGGAAAGGCCCACCAUGAGAGAAGUGGCAAUGGAACUUGAAGGAAUAAACACUGUGGAGAAGCACCAAUGGGAAAAGGUAAACUUGUCAUCAGAGGAGACUGAAACUCUUCUCAAAGCAACACCGUCAUCUUCUUUUAGUGUAGAUGGUGUUAACAGAAGAAGCAUGCAUUCUGGCUCUGAUACUUUAAACCGAAUAAUUUCCUUGUCCUUAACUAGUGGAAGAUGAUUAGAUGAUAUUAUUAUAAUAAUUCACAAGACUAUUGUUAUUCAAGACUAGAUGCCGAUCAAUAUCAGUAUGGAUGUUAUAUAUUGUAUGUUGUAUUCUAUUUUUUCAUUCCACAAUGUGUCGUUAUUUUAUGAUUAUAUGUUUUGUACCAUUGAUAGACUUUAGUUAAU